AACCCUUUUACCCAAAGAAUUCAACUCUCCUUCCUCUGCAAAACCCUAGAAAUACAACCCCUUCCACUGCCAUAGCAGAGAAACAGAGCGAAACAAUUAAACAGAGAACUUCAGGGCCUAUAACACCACAUAUAUCCAGGCAUAUGGAGACUGCAGCGGCGGCAGUAGCACAACAACCCGUCUCUGCUCAAGUUGUUGCAAAUGCUUUUGUGCAGCAGUAUUAUCAUAUACUGCACCAUUCUCCUGGACUAGUUUUUAGGUUUUAUCAAGAGAUAAGCAAGCUUGGACGACCUGAAGAAGAUGGGUCGAUGAGCAUCACGACUACAAUGCAAGCAAUCAAUGAUAAGAUACUCUCACUAAACUAUGGGGACUUCAGAGCGGAGAUUAUAUCUGUGGAUGCGCAAGAAUCCUACAAUGGGGGAGUGCACGUCCUUGUGACUGGAUUAUUGUCUGGGAACGACAACGUGGUCCGGAAUUUCUCUCAAACUUUCUUCCUAGCACCACAAGACCGAGGAUACUUUGUUCUGAAUGACAUGUUUCGAUAUGGAGACAGUGUCAAUCAACAUGUUACUGCCGAGGUCCCGGCAACUAAUGUGGUGGCUCCUGUGACUCCUGAACAAGAUCCCCCUCCAGUGCAGCAGAAUCACAUUUCUGAGCAGAGCUCACCAUCAGUGGAGGAAGCUAAUGAGGGAGAAGUUUACAACCCACCUGAGAAUGGUGACAUGCCCGUCGAAGAGGAAGUUCCUGUCGCUGAGGUUGUUGAUGAAAUGCAAGACGACUCUCAAAUAGCAGUUGAAUCUAACAUCAAAAGUGAAGAUGCUCCUAAGAAGUCAUAUGCUUCAAUUGUCAUGCAUCUCAAGGAAAGUGCUGCUAGUUUCUCCCCUCCUCCUGCACCUGCUCAUCGGAAGCCUACGGCAAAGAGCGUUGAGCAAGUGAAUCAACCUCCUAUAACAGCGACUGAUGACCCAGCUUCCAGCGUAGAUUCUGCUAAUGACGCGAAUAACCAAGAGGGAGAAGCAACUGAAGGCUAUUCAAUCUACAUAAAAGGCUUGCCUAUGAGUGCAACUGUGGCGUUACUUGCAGAUGAGUUCAAGAAGUUUGGGCCUAUCAAGACUGGAGGCAUUCAAGUCAGAAACAGACAUCAGGGAUUUGCGUUCGGUUUUGUGGAAUUUGAGGUGGCAAGUGCUGUGCAAAAAGCUAUUGAGGCAUCUCCAAUUUCAAUUGGUGGACGCCAAGCUGUUGUUGAGGAAAAAAAGUCUACAAAUUCUCGAGGUAACAACAGGGCUAGAUUUCAGUCCGGAAGGGGUUUUGGUUACAGGAAUGAUGGAGUAAGAGGUCGAGGAAACUAUGGAGGUGGCAGGGGCUACGGUCGAGGUGAUUUCGAAGGAAGAACUGAGUACAAUAACAGGGGUGGCAACCGCGGCUGGUCAUCAAACCGUGGUGGGGCUGAUGGAUACCAGCGAACUGAUAACACAGGUGGCAAUGCUGCGCGACCGAAUCGUGGUGGAGGGAUGCCUAAUGGAAUAGCCAAACACACAACAGCAUGGGUUUCUACUGCACCUGAAAUAUAGUAGCUUAAAAGCAAACGUUCAACUGAUUAUAGUAGUUCUGAAAUUGGCAUUUUCUAACCGUUGACGUCCCGGGUAGGAGAAGUUUUGUCAGGAGCAACGAUGUUUUUGCAAGAGCUCUUUUUGCUAAAUUUCAGUUCCCUAAUUUCCCCUUUAAUUGGUAUAGGUGGGGUAGGAAUUGAAGGUAGGAAUUUAACUUUAAGUAGCUUUUGUUAAGUAGUAUAUAGAGUAUCUAAGUCUCUAGGAAGAGAUUCUCCAGUCAUUUUUACAGGCCUCUCUGUAUCAGUUGAAUUAUUUUUGUUUGGAGGCUAUAUUGUGGCAAUUGAGGAAAUGAGUUUAUAUUA